AUGGCGAGCUCCAUUAAUGUCUUAUCGCAAGAACAAAUGAAAAUAAAUCCAGAAUUGCAGAAGGAGAGAAACAAAGCCAGUUUUAAUGUUCAAGAAUUAAUUAGUAUACUUGAUGGUGGUCCUAAACGAACUAAACGGCGAAAGGAAUUAGAGCAGCUUCUGUUUACUGAUCCUGUCUUUACCAAUCCUGAUAGACAUUUCAUGUCAAAAUCAGAGUUAUAUGAACAUGGUGUAGAGAAAUCUGUCCGAUUGUUUCAGUUAAAACGUAAAUAUCAGUGGAGUGAAGAUGAUUACACAUUGGCAGAACGGUUAUUACGUAAAGAAAUAUCCUUGUCGCUUCACCAUACAAUGUUUAUACCUGCCUUAGAAAGAUUAGCCACAGAUGAACAAAAAGCAAAAUGGCUGCCAUUAGCCAACAGUUGCAGAAUACUGGGCGCCUAUGCUCAAACUGAACUUGGUCACGGUACAAACAUAUUAGCACUUGAAACAACUGCAACCUUCAAUCAAGCUACUGAUGAGUUUAUAUUAAGAACACCACAUAUAACAUCUAUGAAAUGGUGGCCUGGGGGAUUGGGAAAGUCAUGUACUCAUGCAAUAGUUUUAGCUCAAUUGAUAAUACAUGGUAAAAAUUAUGGUUUACAUCCAUUCUUGGUUCAGAUACGAAGUUUGGAAGAUCAUUCCUCUCUACGAGGUAUAACAGUGGGAGAUAUUGGUCCUAAACUAGCUAUAAAUACAGUAGAUAAUGGUUUCUUGAAGUUUCAUAAUCAUCAUAUACCUAGAGACCAUAUGUUAAUGAGAAAUGCUAAGGUGUCUCGAGAUGGUAAAUUUGUAUCAGAAGGAAACAGUAAGGCAAAUUAUGCUACUAUGAUAUUGGUUCGUGUCAAUAUGACGGAAUGGGCUGCAAAUAUUUUAUCAGGUUCUGUUACCAUAGCAAUGAGAUAUAGUUGUAUCAGACGACAGUCCUCUCUCAAACAAGGGGUUGAAGAAGAACUUGUUAUUAACUACCAAUCACAGCAAUAUAAAUUAUUUCCUGCGCUAGCGUCAGCCUACGCUCUACUCUUCACUUCUAGAGAGUUACAUCAAUAUUAUGAUAGAGUUUAUCCUCAGAUCACAAAGGGUAAUUAUCGUCAGCUUGGGGAGCUUCACAGUCAGUCGUCAGCACUAAAAGCAAUGUGUGGAGAACUUGCAGUAUAUCAUGCUGAAAUCUGUCGUCGAGCAUGUGGUGGUCAUGGUUACCUAUGGUCAGCUGGUAUUGGUGAAGCUGUUGCAGGAUGUAAUACUAUUAUUACUGCUGAGGGUGAAAAUACUGUUCUCUAUCAACAAACUGCUAGAUAUUUAAUGAAACAAGUAGCUAGUGUGGUGUCAGGACAGGAAGUUGGAGGAUAUACAGCUUAUUUAAAUACAGACAAUAUAUAUACCAACCCAAUAAAUACAUCACAACAUUGUCGAGAUCUCAAUAUACUAGCUGGUAUAUAUCAAAAUAUGGCUGCUAGUGUAAUAAAGAAAACAGCCCAUAAACUUCAUCAUGAUAUGUCUAGUGGUUUAGAACAACAUGUAGCUUGGAAUAAUAAUAUGAUUAAUUUAGUUAAAGCUGCUCAGGUUCACAGUCAUCUGUCCACAGUGUUAGCUUUUAUUACUAGUCUGGAUAAUCUAAUCUCAAGUCAACCAAUCAAAUCAGCUCUUACACUUCUGUGUCAGUUUUAUGCCAUUUAUGGUAUUACUAAUAACUCGGGAGACUUCAUUGAGACAUCUUCAAUAUCUGUGUAUCAACUGGAGUUAUUGAGAGCUGAAGAAAUAAAACUGUUGUCUGAAAUAAGACCAGAUGCUGUAGCAUUAGUAGAUGCAUUUGAUAUUCAUGAUGAAACACAUGGUUCAGUGUUAGGGAAAUAUGAUGGUAAUGUUUAUCAUCAUUUAUAUCAAUCAGCUUUACGAGAACCUCUCAAUAAAACAGAUGUAAGUAUUACUGGCAAUGUCACUUUUUGCAUUUUGGUUUGA